CCCCCACGGCCACCACUACACACUGUCAUUAUUGUGUUCCGGACAGAACAUUCAUUCAUUGCUUCACGACAACCUCAUCGGGCUGAGAUACCUAACAUCACGCCUACCUCACCAUGAAGUUCAGUCCUGGAGUGGUUGCGAGCCUGUUGCUCGCGUUGGCUCCUAGAGCCAUUAUUGCCGGUGACGAUGAUUGGGAAUCUCCGGUGUACAAUAAUUUCUUUGAAUUUCCACUGCCUAUACCCCCUAUAGCCGUUCCACAGGCAACGUAUAUCAACGAGACGACCGGAAUUCCGAUUGAUUUCUACGAGAUUCGCAUCCGAUCCUUUGAGCAUCAGGCAUAUCCAGACCUUCAGCCGGCCAUAGAGGUCGGCUAUGAUGGAAUCAGUCCAGGUCCUACGUUCAUGAUACCACGUGGGCGCGAGUCCUUGGUGCGCUUCGUCAACGAAUAUAACAGAAAUUCGGCCAUACAUCUUCACGGUUCUUUUUCCCGUGCCCCUUUCGAUGGGUGGGCGGAAGACACGAUCGCCCCUGGGCAGUACAAGGACUACUAUUGGCCGAACAAGCAGGACGCAAGGACCAUGUGGUAUCACGACCACGCAAUGCACCUCACUGCUGUCAACGCGUAUUACGGACAGGCUGGCUUCUACAUUGUCUACGACCCCGAGCAGGAAGCGCAGCUGGCUCUUCCCCAGGGAGAUUAUGACAUUCCUCUCAUGCUUCUGUCGAAACAGUACAGGGCCGAUGGUACCCUGUUCUCACCUGUAGGCGAGACUGAUAGUCUGUGGGGUGAUGUUAUCCACGUCAACGGACAACCAUGGCCGUUCCUGAACGUCGAACCUCGCAAGUACCGUUUCCGACUCCUUGAUGCUUCCAUCAGUCGUGCUUUCCGUCUGUCUCUCGUCGAAGCUGGCACGACUUCCCGCAUUCCGUUCACCGUCGUCGCUUCGGAUGCCGGUUAUAUGGCACGUCCGGUCGUUACCGAUGACCUGUACCUCUCCAUGGCCGAGCGAUGGGAGAUCAUUGUGGACUUCGCCGCGUACCGGGGAAAGAGAAUCACCAUGAGGAAUUCUCGCGAUGUCAUGAAGGACGAGGAUUACGCGGGGACCGACAGAGUGAUGCAGUUCGUGGUUGGCAAUACCGUGACAGAUAAUUCCAACAAUGGAGGUGCGCCGAGCUCCCUGAUCAACCUCAACAUGCCCCCGGCAAGAUCCGGAGUCGACCGCAGCUUCAAGUUCGAGAGGCACAAUGGUGUGUGGCAGAUCAACGGUGUUGGUUUCGCGAACGUCGAGAACCGUAUUCUGGCGAGGCCUCCGCGUGGAAGUGUUGAGGUCUGGGAGCUCGAGAACAGCAGCGGUGGCUGGAGUCAUCCCGUCCAUAUCCAUCUCGUCGAUUUCCAAGUUCUCUCGCGGACGGGAGGAAGGGGCCAGGUCAUGCCUUACGAAGCAGCCGGUCUUAAAGACGUCGUUCUCUUGGGAACCAACGAGAAGGUCAGGGUCCUGGCUAGGUACGCGCCUUGGGACGGUGUUUACAUGUUUCACUGCCACAACCUGGUGCACGAGGACCACGACAUGAUGGGUGCCUUCAACGUUACUGCGCUCAAGGACUUUGGCUACCCGGAGACCACGCGCUUCAUCGAUCCGAUGGAAGAAAGAUGGCGAGCGGAGCCCUACACCGGAACAGACCUCCAGACGAUCCGCACCGAGACUCUGCCUUUCUUCUCGUCCCUCGAUGCCUACGCCAGUUCGGACGAUGUCGAUCAAGCGUUGUUCCAAUACCAUCUUACCCGCAUUGAGGGUGAUGACAGCUCUUCGACGUCCACCACAUCGUCGACCAGUUCCAGUACAUCCAGCUCGACUACGACGACGGAGACGACCAGCACCACACCGACCACCACGCCGACAACCACACCGACAACCACGCCGACCACCACACCGACCACCACACCCACCCACAACGUCUACCAGGAGGUCCGGUUUGAUUACAGCUGGGCCGAUCACGAGGACCACAACGAGAUCCACCUCCACAACCAGGCCGACCACCACUACUCGAUCGACCUCUACGACGAGAGCGACCACUUCAACUCGGCCCACCACUACCGCCCGACCCACCACCACGUCCACAACGCGGAGAACGACUUCCACCACUUCCACUCGUAG